AUGACCAUCAUCACAUGGAACGACAAGAUAUCGGAUACUGUUUUCUACGCCACGGGGGCUCCAUGGUUCUGGCUUACCAAAGGUGUGCCUAAUUCUUUGUUGUACCGGGAUCGUGUGCUGUUUAUCACUGGAGGCACAGGUUUCAUUGGGAAGGUGUUGCUUGAAAAAUUGCUGCGCUCUUGCCCUGUAAAGCGGAUAUAUCUAUUGGUGCGUAGCAAACGUGGUGUCGAUCCCGAGGCGAGGAUUGAAGAGUUGUUCAAGUGCGAGGUAUUUCAACGACUCAAGCGGGACGUGCCAGGCACCCGUAGUAAAGUAACAGCAGUGGCAGGGGACCUGGCUCUGCCAGACCUGGGACUAAGUAAAACUGACAUGGCCACCAUAAUAGCAGAAGUGUCGGUCGUUUUCCACCUCGCGGCCACAGUCAAGUUUUAUGACUCGCUCAAACGACUGGUUCAGCUCAAUGUUAUGGGUACACGGCGCAUGGUAGACAUCUGUAGACAAAUGCCAAACCUUUGUGCAUUUGUUCACGUGUCAACAGCGUAUAGUAACUGGAGUAAAAGAGACGUGCAGGAAAUGGUGUACCCAGCUCCUAUAGACGCACAAAGCCUUAUGGAAAUCACUGAGUCUUUAGGUGAAACGGCUGCGGGACCGAUGAGCAAACUUCAGUUUGGGCAGCCGAAUAAUUACGCUUUGACCAAGGCUGUUACUGAGUCCCUACUGCUGGAUGAACAAGAAGGGCUUCCUCUUGCUAUCGUCAGGCCCUCUGUUGUAACUGCAUCGUGGAGGGAGCCAUUUCCGGGGUGGAUAGACAAUUACAACGGCUGCACGGGUAUCGUCGUGUCGAUAGGCAUGGGCUUGCUGCGGUCACUGUUACUUUCUAAAGACUGCGUUGCAGACCUUAUUCCUGUGGACGUCGUGGCCAAUACGCUCAUUUGCGUUGCCUGGCAGUUGGCCUCGGCAAGGCCAACGCAGCUGAAGGUGUACAACUGUACCAGCAGCGCCUUACAAACGCACACAUGGGGUGAGGUGCUUGCGCAAGUAAACAGGAUUACGGUACAAUUCCCUUUGCCGAAGGCAGUUCGCCCACCCAGCGCCACGGCGACCACCAGCAAAGUGUUGUAUCGCCUGAACCUGUUCUUUCUGUGUUACGUGCCUGCAUUCCUUGGAGACCUCGCCUUGCGGUUAACCGGAAAAAAGGCUGGUAUGGUUGCCAAAUAUCGCCAGGUUGUGAAUGGCAUGGACGCCGUGCACUUUUUCACCAAUAACAGCUGGCUGUUCCGAUCAGACAACGUCUUGGAACUGAUGAACGAACUGUCGCCAACAGACAAGCAGUUGUUCGACCUUGACAUACGGAAGCUCGAUUGGUGCCAGUACUGGGAUCACUACAUGUUGGGCAUUCGCAAGUACCUCUUCAAGGUCGAGGAUACAACGCUCCCGCAACAGCAUGAAAACGUCUGACACGUGGCCUUGACAGUGUUUAGCUGCGGAGCACGAGGUCACGGAUUCAAUUUCCGGUAGCUGCUGCGCACAUGCACUGAAGAGGCACACAUGCAAAGAAGUUUCUGUAUACGUUGAACAGCCAUAGGUGUGGCAUUUCUGGCCCGAACGUCGCAGCUGCCACGCAGGUGGAAUGCAAGUUUGGUUUCCGCAGCUGCAGCAUGCGACUGCAGGCGAUAGUGUGUCCUCACGAUGACGUCACGAAGCGGCGGACCAAUCACGUGCGACGAAGGCACCCACGAGAUGAUCCGCGGCGGUUACACUGACUUAUUCAAUAAAUGAGGUGUUUGCGUGCAGCUCAGAUCGCUCAUUAUCCGAUAGAGUAAUUCUGGAGGCAGGAGCCUAUAAAAUACUCUAUAAACUGAUUGUUGUUCAAAAUGUGCCUCAACUUUUUCUUUGCUUCCGU